UCACGUGUCUGUGUUACUCUCAGACGUGUCUUUGUAUGUAUGUAUUAAUUAAUCAAUCUUUAUUAUCCAUCUCCACAUGAAUAACAACAAGAAGAAACAGUAGUACUAGUAGUCGAUAAACAAGAAGAAGAAGAAUGAGAUAAAAUGAAGAAUCGUUUUCCCUUUGUUGUACUUCCAAUUAUGUUCUAGGACCACUAUUUCUCUCUCUACCCAACCAUGUCAACACCCAACUACGCCCACGCACCACUCCUUCGCCCCCGCCGCGUGGGUCGCACGCCGGUCCUCGCCCUCCUUCUCGGCCGCCGCGGUCCUUCCGUCUUAGUCCGCGAAACAGCGGCGCGUGAGCUUGAGGAACGCCGCGCCGAUUGGGGUUAUUCUAAGCCGGUGGUAUUACUGGACGUGACGUGGAACACGGUCUUUGUGGUGGUUGCAGCGGUUAUGUUAGGUUGCAGUGUUGAUGAGAAUCCGAAUACGCCGAUCCGGUUGUGGAUCUUUGGAUACGCGGUACAGUGUUUGGUACACGUGGCGUUGGUGUUAUUAGAGUAUAGGAGGAGGAACGUGAUUGGUGGUGGAAGGGAAAGGGAUGAAGAAUCUCUUGAUGAUGUUAAUGAUAGUGAAGAGGAUGAUGAUGUUGAAUUUCUGAAUUCUUCUAGCUCCGGAUUUGCAAAACGAUGUUCAUCAUUGAAUACCAUGCUUUCAUUGCUUUGGUGGAUGGUGGGAUUUUACUGGGUUGUCAAUGGUGGUGAUAUUCUAAUUCAAGAUGCUCCACGGUUGUACUGGUUGGCUGUUGUCUUCCUAGCUUUUGAUGUCUUCUUUGCUGUCUUUUGUGUUGCUUUGGCAUGCUUAAUUGGCAUUGCCCUCUGCUGCUGUUUACCAUGUAUUAUUGGUAUUCUCUAUGCCGUUGCGGGACAGGAGGGUGCAUCUGAAUCAGAUCUCAGUACACUUCCAAAAUACAGGUUUCAAGUGCCAGGCAAUGAGGAAACACCUAGUCCGAAAGGUGGAUCAAUGGUUCCAAUUGAAAAUAGUAGUGGUGCAAAUGAACGAGUACUUUCACCUGAAGAUGCGGAAUGUUGUAUAUGCAUCUCUCCCUACGAGGAUGAAGCAGAACUUCAUGCUCUUCCUUGUAACCACCAUUUCCAUUCCACGUGCAUAGUGAAAUGGUUAAAGAUGAAUGCAACUUGUCCUCUUUGCAAGUUCAAUAUUCUAAAGGGAAAUGAACAGGUGUGACUGAAUAGUAAAGAAAAUCCAAGAUAUAAAUAUCAAUCCAAUUUUAAUCAUGUGACAGAAUCAGUGUGUCAAAUGUUGAUGUGCAUAUAUGUAGAUAAUAUCAAACUUAGAAACAAUAGACCUUCUGUCAAUUUGCUCGAUCUAGCUGUCAAUGUUGUGCUUAGUUGCUUCUGUAAGAAAUAGCAAAGAGGGAAAGUUUGUCAUAGAGAUAGUGUUUAUUUCGAAAAAUGUAUUGAUUUCAUCCCUCAGAAUUUGUUCACAUGGUCAUGGGAGAAAAUAAUGGAAAUUGUAGCAUUCCAACUUUAUUCUUAUUUCAUAUUACAUUUUAUGGGUUCUUUGUUGAUU